AUAUGUGUAGUUAGUUAAAAUAAAUUGUACAGUAGUAAGAUUUGUUACAGUAAUUUCAGUGUCCGAUUAACUUUCCUGAAAUAUAUGCAAUGACCAUAGUUUCCUACCACAAACGUUGCCACGCACAACAUCCUCAUCCAUCUUCAGAGUCAGAAUUGCACACUUAAGAUGACACCUGUCUAAGCAAACUUAGGAGAACCAUGAAAAAAUAACUGCCACAAAUUUAUUUUUUUUGUUUUUGAAUAAUAAUAACUUUCACCAUGCAACUACUAUAUGUGAAGUGUAUAGUUAUAUCACUAAUGUCACACUCAACCUACCUUGCUACUUUCUAUAAUCUGCUGACUUAUUCUUCACCACCUUUGUUGUGUUGUGCUGUGUUAGCCAACAUUAUUAAUUCAGUACUGAAUCUUCAUUUUAUUUUGUUGAUUCCUUUCUCAUUAAUGGAAUUUGUCUUUCUUGAUCUUGGAUGAUUUUGCUGUACCAGCAACGUUUAAUUGGGGGUGGGGGGAUUCUACAUUCUUGGUUUUGGAUAAGGAGCAAAGCUGUUCACAUAACAAAAGUUGUACCAUUCCGCCCCGUUCUAUUCCAUUCCAGGUAGCUGUGUUAAGAGUUUUGUUUAGUUAUAGCAUGAAUAAUAUCAGUGAUAUUUAUUAUAGGAGCAUUUAUGGAAGCUCUAUGUGAGUUUUGUCGGGUUGUAAGAGCUAUGGUUUACUGCAAGCCAGAUUCUGCUCGUCUUUGCUUCCAUUGCGAUGGGAUUGUACACUCUGCAAAUUCUUUGUCUCGCAGGCAUCCCCGCUCACUCCUCUGUGAUAAGUGUCAUUUCGACUCAGCAAUCGUGCGCUGCGUCGAAAAUAAACUAUCUCUUUGUCAAGUUUGUGAUUGGAAUACAAAUGACUGUUUUGUAUUGGGACAUAAACAUGUGCUACUCACUUUCUAUACUGGUUGUCCCUCUUUGGCAGAGUUAACUAAAAUUUGGCCACAUUUGGUUGAUGCAAAUUCAUCAAAUGCUUCUUGGGAAUCGCCAAGUACUAGUACUUUGCCUAAAAUUGAAAGCAAUACCGGUUGUGAUCAGCAUUUGGAGCAGCAACCUGAAAAGAUUGGCUUCGUUGGUUUAGCGAACGAGAAGCUGGAUGAAGAACAACCGUGUGUCAAAUAUGAACCUUGGAUUGAGAAAUCUCCUAUCCUUCAAUCAAAUUCAAACUGCACACAAUACUGCAAAGAUCAAGCAUUUUCAUUUAAUCAAGACUCAAACCAACCAAAGCUUCAAGGAUGCCUUGAUGUCAAGGAUCUUGUAAUUCAUGAGGGGACUAGUCUCUGUGAAGGUCUCAAUGUGGAUGAUGUUCAAUUAAACUUUGAAAAUGCUGAUGAAAUAUUUGACUGCUCUCAAAGUGCCACAAAAUUCAACCAUGAAGAUGGAGGAAUAGAAUGUCUAUUAAUGGAUAAAAACAUUCCAGUCACAAAAUGUAGCAGUCUCAUUGGGACUGCAGUAGAGGCUUCUUCAUCAGUUCAACAAGAUUGUGUGAUUUUUCCAUCAUCAGGGGCUGGUGGAUCAACAAGUGCGAUGCAGGCCAUCAACAAUAAUACAAAUUGUGCACUUAUGACUCCUAGCUGCAACAGAAGCAUGCCUCUAGGAUUUCCUCAGAGUCAAAUUCAUUCAGGCAUACCAAUUCAAUUACCUAACAUUAAUGGUGAAAGCAAUGUUACAGAACUUCUAGAUUGUAGUUUACCUCCAGUCUUUCAUCCUGGUGAAUCCACAUGGGAAUCAAAUUUGGAGGGUACAUGCCCUCAAGCAAGGGAUAAAGCCAAAAUGAGAUACCAAGAGAAAAAGAAAACCCGAACGUUUGGUAAGCAAAUAAGAUAUGCGUCUCGCAAAGCUAGGGCUGAUACAAGAAAACGUGUGAAAGGUAGAUUUGUUAAAGCAGGCGAAGCAUAUGAUUAUGAUCCUAAAUUGAGUGACAUCUAAACAUUAUCAACAGUCACAAAAUUUUCCUUGCAAGAUAUGAUUUUGAUGACCUAUAUACUCUUUCCUACUUGCAGAGAAGAUGGGAGUCAACGACGAUCCUCCCUGGACUUUAACAGGUUAGAAUGUGUGACUCUCUGAGCUAAUGAGGAAGAAAAAGGUGAACUGGUGUUUGAUAAAGCAACUAUAGUCGACUCCUUUUCUGCUUUUAGUUUGGCCAUUCCUCAGGAAAGAUAAACCUUAGACCUUAAAAAACAAUACCUUCUCAUUAUCUUAAGAUAUUGUCCAAGAACAGAGAACCUUACAUUGGAUUAGUGAGCAAUGUCAACUGUGGAUUGAGAUACUGUUGUUCUUGAGUUACUCGCUCGAGGGUGUCACUUUCCCCCUGCAGCAACUGUAUGCAUUUUUGACAACCUUUUAUACUGCCUCAAUUAUUUCAUUUAUUAUUAGAAAUAGUUUAUUCGUAAUCGUACAAACAUUUCUUAAAUUUUAAAUUUUAGUUACUAUGCAUUUAUACUUCAUCAAUUAUUUCAUUUAUUUGAUUGCUCCACUUUACUCAUAAUUGUAUAAACAUUGUUUCAUUUCC